UCAAAGACCUUGCGAAUAAGCGAUCGCUGACAUGACACAAUUCACAACGGGACUGAAAAGCUAUGUCAAGCAAGCAACUUGCUCUUUAAUAACAUUAAUCUCUGUCAAACGAGUAAAAACAAUUAAACGUCAUCAACAUGGGAGACUACUACGAGUAUGAGAGCGAUGAUAAUGAUGAUCAGAAGCAACCAAUUCAUCGCAAAGUCUACCCGAUUUAUGGACGAGACCGCGAACGCAGCUCAGCGCCCAGUGACAGUUCGACAUAUCUGACAGGAUCGUCGAGUGCCAGUGCCAAUGCAUUGAUGAAUUUUGACAGCGAUUCUCAUUGCGAUCCCAAGGCCCUUCUGCAAGCUGUGGUCUUUGUCGAAGAUGCUGUCAAAUUCAGGAGUAUCAAACACAAGAUAGACCCCUUCUCUCUCUGGUACUACCGGGUCUACUACUCCAGGCCAAUUCAGUGGACCCUCUAUUUAGCGAUCUUCACCAUCCUGGUCCUUGCUUUCUUCGAGCCCCCAUCCUCCCUCACCACCGGCAGCAGCUCUGACCCCCGUUACCGUGGCGACCGCAUCCAUGCACCCUGCGGUGUGACGGAGGGUAUCGAGUUCGCCUGUCUCCUCAUCUUCUUAUAUGACGUGUGCACCAAGAUUUAUCUGAUAGGUUUUUCAGAGCUGAGGAAGAGCAAGUGGCUGGUUGCCUACCUUGUUGUUAUGGCUUUCUCUCUCAUUGAUUGGUUGGUCACUAUCAACUUCGUCUGCGAUGAGCUGUAUAGAAUUCGCCGCUUCCUCCGCCCAUUCUUCCUCAUCCAGAACUCCCAGUUGAUGAAGAAAACCGUGAGGAGCAUCAAAAACACCAUGCCAAAAGUAGCAAGUGUGAUUCUACUUCUUCUGAUACACAUCUAUUUCUUCACCAUGUUUGGCAUGCUACUGUUUCCUAGACCAGAUGGAGACCUGAAACCCUCUGUCCUCCACAACAAGACUUCAAAUCAGACGAGUUUGAUAGUUAAUGAUACAACAAUAGUGGAUUCUAGGAUAUUCCAAGAGGGCAUGCAACAUUUUGCCAGCAUAGGUGAAUCAUUUAUGAGCCUCCUAGUGCUCCUCACGACUGCAAACAACCCUGAUGUUACCAUGCCCGCCUACCAGAACAACAGAUUCUAUGCCCUCUACUUCAUCAUCUUUCUUGGAAUUGGUCUCUACCUUUUCUUUAAUAUGCUUACUGCCGUCAUCUAUAAUGAAUUCAGAGGAUAUUUAAUUACGUCAAUGCAGUCCAGUCACUUCCGUAGGAGAUUGGGAUUUCAGGCUGCCUUUGAGAUGUUGAGAGCCCAGAUCAGAACGGUCAACGGAAGUAUUGAAAGAUGCACAGUCAGUGUGAGUGUGGUCAAGUCCGUUGUUCUCCAAGCUAGUAUACCAAAGAGAGCCAAAAGGACCAUUUUAACAGAGCUGGAUGGCAAUAUAGGUGGAGUGAUUACAUCAUCAGAGUUUCAGGGACUGUUCGAUUGCCUGGACCAUCAAACAGACGAAGAUGAGAUUCCAGGUCCUAGACUAAUAACUAGACCAAGACUAAAGAGACUCCAGUCCUGCAUCGUCCAUCGCUUCUUUGGGUACUGUGGGACGGCUGUGGCAGUUGUGAACAUUGUUUUCAUUAGUAUUGAGAUUUCAACACAGUACGAUAAAAGCCUUUACCAUGAUGAUUCAGAGCUCACCAAGUUCAACAUUGUCUUCAUCAUCUAUUACUGCGUAGAACAGAUACUGAAAUUCUGGGCUCUUGGCUGGAAGUGUUUCAAGUACUCGGUUACGAACCUCCUCGAUGCACUGUUCACAGCAGUCUUGCUAGUAGCGCAAAUUUUAUACCUCGUGAUGGAAGGAUCAAGGCUUUAUCCAGACGACAGUGUGGGCUUUGUUAUGUACGAUCUUGUCAGAAUCAUAAACAUCCUCAUAACCUUCCGGCUCUUCAGGAUAAUUACACACUUCAAUACUAUGGCCAUUGUGGUCAGUACUAUGCUAGAUCUGAUCAGGAACCUACGUGCUUUCAUCGGGAUCCUUGUCGUAAUCUACUAUGUAUUUGCUAUUUUGGGGAUGGUCGUCUUUCGAGGGAAGAGUCCCCAGCCGCCCAAUAAUACUGACAUAACUCAAUUACCAAUGUGUGGGUCUUAUCAGCAGCUGAAUUACUAUGCAAAUAAUUUUGAUGAUUUUGCGUCUGCCAUUGUUGUACUCUGGGAUAUCAUGGUGGUGAAUAAUUGGCAUGUCUUCCUGGAAGCCUACUCAAAAACAGCUAGUCAAUGGUCCCAAAUCUAUUUCAUUGCCUGGUACUUCACCUCAGUCUUGGUUUGCCUCAACGUAUUCACUGCAAUUAUUCUGGAGAAUUUCAUCACAUCCUGGGACAGAAGUCAGAAGAGACAGCGGCAAUCUUUGGAAGAGGGAAAUAGACCGACAGCUUACCUUAUGUCUGUACAUACAAUGUUCAGGGACGAUCUUCAGGAGCCGACCGAGAGCGAACUCCUGGAUGAGAUUUACAAGCAUCCCCACAUACAAAACCUGCGCUUCUAAGACCAUCUCUUGCCACCACUCUGUGAAUUCCCUUGCCUACCCGACACUGCGUUUGAUAAUCAUAAACAGCGUAUUCUCUAACUGUCACAGAAAACUGGUUAACCAAAGAUAUAAGAACUGCAGAUGGAAGAAGCUAGAAGACUCGCCAAUUGUUUUGGAUGGUCAGACGAUGCUAGAAUCUAAAAAAGACAAUAAAAAAAACAUGCUCCUCGCUCAUGUCCCACUACUUGUCCGGAGGUUCUGAUGAUCGACAACUACUAGUACCAGACCCUAACAAGACAUGGAUGCGUAACAAGACGUGGAGAAAUAUUCAUGAAAUUUGUUACAAAAUGCAUCAUAGCUUGCAUUUGUUCAGCAAGUGCCCCUAUCAUUUCGUAACAACCAAAUGCUCCACAUCCCUCCUGGGCAUUGGUAGUCCAUUUGCUACAGGCCAUACAUGCAAGUGACUUGACGUGGGUGUGAAAUUGUAGACUAGUUGACACAUGAAUUAGAAAUGAAAGCUCGGUGUCACACCAUGCCUGUAGGUCCAAAUGAUGCCAUCAUUGGUUUAACUUGUCUCUGUAUCAGUCCAACCUUCCAGAGACUCCCUCCCUGGGUAAAGAACGUCAAGGAACAAUCACUGCCUUUAUCUUGAUCUUACUUGUACAUAUGCUGUUGACAGUUGGACAUUUUAUCAUGGACAUUUCAACCACUCUACCCGAUCCCUUGCCCUAGGAUAAGGAGCAAUAUUCGAACAAUCGGUGCCUUUCUUUGGACCUUCCAUGUCCACAUGAUGAUGCUGAUAAUGUUUGAAAACUCCUAUCAUAUAGUUUAACAUUACACUGAUUAAUUGAUUCUUCCCAAAUCCCGUACCCCCGGGUAAGGAGUGGCAUUGAACAAGAAAUGCUUUACUAAGAUAUGCGCAUAGAUGUGCUGCUAGGUAGAACUCCCUCUCACAAACUACAAUUUGAAGGCCCAACCUUCGUUCUGUCCUUGAUGCAAUACGUCACCUGGGUAAGGAGCGGCAUCGAACCAGAAAUGCUUUACUGAGAUAUAUGCAUAGAUGUGCUGCUAGGUAGGACUCCCUCUCACAGACUCACAGACAACACCUCACAAGGGUCAGGAAGCAGCAGCAGGUCCUAGAUUCAAACACCCAUGACCAAACGCACAAAUGAAGUCACUUGAUUCAGAGUUUUGAGCACAGCCUUUAUGCCUAACAGUCCAAUUCUCUUCCCAGCAACGGCCAACCUUGCCACAGCCUUUCAAGGAAAUCAGGAAAAAGGAUGGAGUCGACAGUCAUCUCAGGGAGAUCUUGUCUUCCGUUGACAGAUUCAGAAGGGGGUUUUAAUCGCUCUGGGAGAUCAUGCAUGAAGCUCAGAGGAGAUAUGCUGCAUUUCAGAUUCCUUUGGCAAGAAAUUAUGAAGUAUGGAAUGGAACAAAGCGCCAUGCAUAUCACAGAAUUUGUCUUCUGUCAACAGAUAAAUGCAAUUCUAUUCUGCAUUUAUAUAGCGCUUCAUACAUCCACGAUGUCUCUAAUUACUUUAUAGAAAUAUUAUUAUCGUUGUCAUAGGAUUUAGGCUUGUCCACUCACAAUGUAUACACAUUCUCCACUCCCUGUGGAGCAUUCUAGCCAGGUGCCAUACACAGACUCAGGUGCAAAAGACAUUUUGUCUUCGCAAGGAGACAGCUGAGGGGUAACAAGAUGUGCUGAAUUUCUUGAUCCAAUCUGCAUCAGGUAUCAAGGUUUCGAAUGUCCAGAAGAACUAGAUGAGACAGAUGACGGCUUCCAACAAGCAAGGCUCAAGCAGGGAAUACUGCAUUUCAGAUUCCUUGCGCAAGGCUGGCGGGACAAAACUUCAGGUGGGAUUCAAACUUGUUUCAUAGUUGAGUUUAUUUGCAUUUCUCUGAAGGAAAUUCCACUUUAGAAUUGUUUUAUAUGAAUGCACACUGUCAGCUGUUCAAUAAUUGAGUUUAUUUUGAUUUAAGAAAAAUUUAAGAGAAAAUUUCAGAUUUGAAUGAUUUUGUUAUUUUUGUUUGGAAGUUCAUGGUAAGCCAUUUCAUAGUUGAGUUAUUUUGAUUACUUGGAAAAAACUUUCAUUUCGGAAGUUGCUUUGUUUAAACUUUCAUUGAAUUUUUGUUUUCAUUUCAUAUCUUUCAGCUUUCAUUUGUUGACUAAUAAUGAUUGGUGUUGAAUUUUUUUUUUGUCAUGCUUUAAAAUUUGCUUUUUCAACAUAAAUUCAAUAUUUCCAGUUUACUGAAUCAAAUCUUGAAAGCAUUGAAAUUUCGAAGCAAGGGAUGCUACGCAGCUACAGAAAAAGGAAAACGGUAGUAAAAUAAAAAAUUUCACUGUUGAAUUUACCAUUUUUGCUUGUAUUACAUAUCGUCUGUUUGAAUUCAAAAGGGCUUCAACUUGGAUACUUUGGACAGAGUUAAUAAUCUUAUGGCUCCAAACAGUUGAUAUCAUGAAAUGUUGCUGGUUUUGUUUUAAUGCUGCUGAAUUCAUUGAGUAAUGUGACAUUCAAUAUUUUGCCAUUUUUUCAAUUUCCGGACUGACUAAAUCAGCCAUAGUUUUCUUGCAAAUAUUCAUUAAAUGAACUGCCAUUGAUAACAGUCGAGUUUGAUACUAACCCAUUUUAGAGGUGUUGUGGUCCCGUGGACAAUUCACCGGACUGUGAACCACAAGGUACAGAGUUCAAAUCCCUGCCAUAGCUCUGGCGUCCUUUGGCAAGACGUUAAUCUACAUUUGCCACACUUUACCCAGGUGAGGUAAAUGGGUACCUGGUAGGAUCAUUCCUUGACAUGCACUAUGGGCUGAUAACGGCUGCCUGACCUAAAGCUAGGGUAAUACAGUGUACUUUUCAAAGCUCUUUUGAAGCGCAUUGGGACAUUAUAAUGUGAUAUGUGCUAUACACGAAAGGAUUAUUAUUAUUAUUUUAUUCCAGUUGUGUCUAAAAAAAAAAAAGAACCAGAAACUGU